CAUAAUUGUUCAUUACAUACACUUCACGAGUAAGAGUUUAGUAACGCAGCCUAAAAGAUUGAUAAUAAAAUAAUUGUAUGUAAAAAAUGUCAGUUGAUUUUGAUGCAGAAGCAACGGUCAAUAAGCAAAUUAUUUGCGAUGUGUCGAAAGUUCUCUAUGCACGUGGGUUAAUUACGGUUAAUGGUGGCGGUGUUUCUAUUCACACAAAAAAAGACAUAUUUUACUUGCCGACUGGAGGUAUUUGUGGAAUUUUGGAGGACGAAAUCAAACAAAUUUUCAUUGGUAGUGUUCAGACUGAACUCAAAGAUUUGUGUGGUGGUGCAUUCGAGUUUCCAAUCAAUAAUUGUCGGGCUGUAGUCCAUACACACUCAGAAAAUGCAAGGCGAUUUGCCGAAAAACACAAAAUUGGUGUGUUCGAAACUAAAGGAAACGUCAACACAAAGGCAAUCUGGAAUAGAGCAACAAAUGAAAAAUACGGUAAUGUUUUUCUGCCAAUCAUUAAACAGGUGUCUGACGAAAAUGCACUGCUGGACGCAAUUCGUAAAGCAUUCCAUGAAAAUGCCACUACGUAUAGCGUUCUCGUGAAAGAUCAUGGACUCUUUACAUUCGGCUCUACAUGGCAACGCGCCAGAGGGGAGGCCGAGGCUUUCGAAGAGCUAUUUAAGUACAACAUUUAGCUGUUUCUUGCAGUGAUAGGGUAAAAACACAUAAAUUGCCCAUUUUCUGCGAGAUUUAACAUUUGAAUUGAAUUAAGGUUAUGUUAAAUUUUCUACUGUAACACAAU